AUGAUUGCCACUGUUGACAUUGUUGUUCAGGCACCCGACAUGUUCAGCGCCUCAAGACAAGCCCAGCGUUUGGCGGGAAACUUCUUGGAUGAUGUGGACGACUUCCAGAGGGCCUCAAGAGCUGCAGAUCGCCGUGCGAUGAGCCACUUUGAAGAGGCUUCCAGCUCAACUUACUACUCGCGGCCACGACACAGCAUUUCAAUAUCACGAUUUUCGACAAGUCCCUCGGAUAUUUACAUUGACGGAGCACGUCUGAGGUUGACAAGUGCUGAGCCUCGCUACACUACCUACCAGUCCAGUCUGCAUCCAGUAACCAUCAUCGGAUCGCGUUACCAUCGCUACACACCGUCUUACUAUCGUUACUAUCCGCGGUACUACACCUACGGAAGCUCCUAUCCGUAUACUAGCUAUUACGACUACCCGACUUACAGCACUUACAGCUACAGAUACUGGCCCUACACAUCCGGAGCGCACUACAGUCACUACAUGCCCUCAACAACCUACUACACCACCAACAGUAGAACGCUCCACGACUACUCACUGCCAACAUCUGGGCUAAAGGCUUCAGUUCCCUCCUGGGACAUUGGCUAUAGGCCCCUGUCGCUGAGCCGUUGGUACUCACAUAGCGAUUUAGUUGAGCCUCUCGUGGUGUUUCCAGCGGCACCACCGCCGUCUUACUCGCGGCCCCGAGCGCGGUGGGCACGACACCGAUCGGUUCCACCUGUCUCGCUCGCCGCCGCCGCCCAGUACCGCCGCGCCGGCAGUGUCGCCCGCAUGCUACCGCCGCCUCCACCACCAAUCAAAUACGUCAGCACAGAGUACUACUCAGAUCUUACCGGACCCGAGCCGAUCAACACGAAAUACGUCUACCACUACACCUCACCACCGCUAUCCAGGUCCCUCUACAGGCCCUAUUAUUACCGACAUCUGAACGGACCACGUAGUAAUUUUGAGAACGCCGUUAGUCAGGAGGUAAUGGCCGAACGAAGACGCAUCGACCGAAAGAUGGAUGAUCUGUUGAGCUACAAGCUUCCAGACCCGUCUAUCUACAACGAUCUUAAAGCAAGUCUUCGCAAAGUGCAUGACAAGAUGGACGUGCAUCGAACUCUACUCGACCGCUACUCGGCCAUCGACAUGCAAAACAGUUCCUCCACCGUGGAAGAUCGCAUCGCCUCCAAGUGCCGGGAACUGGGCGAACGCAUGGGCAGAUGA